AUGACUGUGGUCCUCAAACUGUGGUGUAAUAAAGGUGCAAUAAAGGUGUUAAGUGUGCGCCUGUGCUCUGGUGACGCAGGCACGUGUCUGAUCCUCGGCUGCAUGAUCUACCCCGACGGCUGGGACAGCGACGAGGUGAAGAGGAUGUGCGGCGAGCAGACGGACAAGUACACGCUGGGCGCCUGCUCGGUGCGCUGGGCCUACAUCCUGGCCAUCAUGGGCAUCAUGGACGCUCUCAUCCUCUCCUUCCUCGCCUUCGUCCUGGGAAACCGCCAAGACAGCCUGAUGUCUGAGGAGCUGCUGGGAGAAAAGACCGGGAACAACGCCAUCUGACUUAAAGACGGAGGAAAAACAGUCACACAGGUCUUUCUGCCGAGAUGUGACACGUUACUCCAGGACACAGCUUCUCUCUCCUCGUCCGUCUUGUGGAUGCAGAGCUGAUGUGUCCAUAGAAGAAUUAAACUUCUCCAGAGGUCGUCGUCGUCGUCGUCUGGACAAAGAUGACCUCACGGCCGUGUGGAGGUGACCGGGACGACCUCACGUCCUCCAUAAAAAACACCCUUGGAACAAAAAAAGAAUUCUCUGAAUUGACCUGUUGGUCUGAACCGCUGGGCGUGUCCGUGUGAGGAAGGCUGCCGUCGUUCAGCUUCAGUGUGUGUGUGUGUGUGUGUGUGGGUAACAAAAGAAGAAGAGUGACAUCAACACAAACAUGUGAAGACAUUUCUGGACUGUACAAACAAACUGGAAGGACAGUGACGUCUCCUUCUUAUUCAGUGUUUGAUGUGACAAAAACCAGACGUCAGAGGUUUUAAUGGGGACGUUUUUGUAUAUAAGAAAUACAAACUUCACUAGAAUAACUAGAUAAAAAAACAACACUAUUAUCUGUGUACAGCUAUAUGUUGAUUAUGUCCCACGUGUGUCGUCUUAUGGACUCAUAUUAGUGUGUGUGUGUGUGUGCCAUUACUGUAAUCUGUAAUCUGACGCUGUUGUGAUGUAAAAACGGCCACAAGAAGCUCAUUUGAACCUGAAAUGUUCAGAUGAAAAGUUUGUCUCUUUUUUCAUUAUCUGACAAAACUUCAAAUGAAACUAAAACAAUAUUCUAAAAUGUCACUCAAAGUGGUCUUAUUCACUAGCUAGAGACUGUUAGCCUGGUUUAAGCUAACAGUCGUCUAACUUCUAUUAAAAUUAUUGUUACUGAAAAGAAUUUGAAGACUAUUUGACUGUUAGCUUAAAAAAGGGAGUUGAAUCAAAAUUGAACAAAGUUAUCACAAUCAUUUGUUUGCUAGCUGCACGAUAAUAGCUUAAUUAGCAUAGGUUUGAGGCUACAGCUAAAAGAACACCCUGUCAAAAUACAUUAAACUGUAAAUGUGACUUUAAAAACAUAAAAUUGACACCUUUUGUGCUAAAAUGUCAUGGAGAGUGGGCUUAUUCACUAGCUAGGCUGUUAGCUUAGUUUAAGCUAAACAGUCGCCUAGCUUCUAUGAAAAUGAUGAAUUAAAACUAUUAAUGUUAGUGGAUUUGAAGACUAUUUGACUAUUAGCUAAAAAAGUACUUAAAAAAUGCAAAGUUAUCACAACUUGGGGAGCAGGCUCGUUUGCUAGCUGCACGUUAUUAGGUUAAUUAGCGCAAGUUUUAGGCUACUUCACUUUAAACUUUCCAUGUUACUAAAAAGCAUAAAACACAGACGCUGGGAGUCGCCUCAUUUGUUAGCUAUAGCUUAGCUUUGCUAAGAAAUGAACAAUAAUCCCACUACAAUGGGAUUCCCGUUAAAAUAUGAUUGAAAACAAAAUGGGGAGUUAAAAUUCGGUGAAACUAUUGAACCAAACCUCUCGUCUAAUCCAAACGUGUGUACGUUACGUAAUGCCUGAAUAUUUGAUUUCAAAAUGACUGUUUUAAAAAAACUCUUCCGUCUAAAACAUCGCUGUUGUUUCUUUUCUGUAUGGAUUUGUCCGGAGGAGCAAAGAUGUACAUCUUACAUUUUAUCAUGUGACAUAACAACAACAACAACAACAAUAAUAAUAAUAAUAAUAAAAACAA